CUCACUGCAAUCUCCAUCGAAAUCAUACAUAAGCCACAGGCCGCAGCUCACUGCAAUCUUCCUUCUCAAACACUAAAUCGUUGAUGUCGUAACCCCACAUGCAGGCCGCAGGCCGCAUGAAGCUUCUUCUCCCCGUGUAUAUCUCCUCCUAUAUAAGCCACAGUUGCACUGCGAUCUUCGUACUCAUUUCUAACCAGCUCACUGCAAUCUCCAUCGAAAUCAUACACCCAUCAGCCCUUUCUUGCGCUUACAUAGUCGUGUAGCAUCAAAGAUCGAUAUGGCCAUGGCCAUGUGGAGAAAGAAGGAGACGGCCGGAGCCAGCGGCGCGGCCCCGGCAUGCGUUGUUCGGUUCGCCGGCGAGGGCGGGGGGAAGAUCCCCAAGGGCUACGUCCCGAUGGUCCUCGUCGGCGACGAGGGAGAAGGGGACGAAAGGGUGCUGGUUCACGUCGGGAUGCUCACGGAGCCGUGCGUCUUGGCUCUGUUGGAGAUGUCAGCGCAGCGAUUCGGGUACGGCCAGGGGGGCGUCCUGAGGAUCCCGUGCGGCGUGGAGCGGUUCGAGCAGACGGUCCGUGGCCACCGGCGGGAGACGCUGCAAGAUCCUGCGUGCGCAGCAGCGCACUAGGAGAGAGCCGGUGACCACAGUUUGUUUAUUUAUAUACUAGUAGAUCAUUUAUGGGGCGCAUUGCUGGGUUCGUCUAUUUUAACUCUUAAUUGUUAGGGAUAUAAAUUAAUUCAUAUGCAUUUGUUUAAAAUGCUUUGAAGUAUUGUGCCUUUUGUAGUUAGUGCUUGUCUCCAUUUUUCAAAAUAACGCUAUGGAAUUGAAGAGAGGAAUAUGACUGAUUCGCAAUAAUAGUUUGUUCACUUGUUGUCCUAGCAGUAAUACAAACUCUGGUUCGGGUUGUGCUUGA